AUGUUUACAUUUGAUGAAAAACAUUUGGCUGCUGCAGUCUUGCAUCCUCUAUACAGAAGAUUAACGUUUGCUUCAACAUAUUCGAAGACCAUUGCACAUUCUUAUAUACAUCAACAAGUAGACGAAAUUCUUGGCUUGAAUAGUCAAGAACAAAUGACAUUAUCUGAACCAUCAAAAAAAAAACAUAAAUCCAUGGAGGACCAGUUUGCUGAUCCAGAUGAUGUUGGUGGUAUUGAUAUGGUUUCAACAACAACAGUUAAAAAUGAUGAAUUAGAUAAAUAUUUAAGAAUGAAUAUUGAAGAUAUUUAUAAACAAUCAAACCCAUUACCAUUUUGGAAACAUCACCAGCACAAGUUUCCGUAUUUAUCAUUGCUCGCUCGACGUCUUUUUUCUAUACCAGUUACUUCAGCUGCAGUCGAGCGCUCUUUUUCUGCUGCAGGUUUAGCUGUUACUGAACGUCGUUCUUCUCUUGAUCCUGAUACUGUGAACGACAUUCUUUUUGUCAGAUCCAUUCAAAAUCUGCUUGAACAAAAUCCAGAUUUUUUUUCUUAA